AUGCAGAUCUUUGUAAAAACGCUCACUGGUAAAAGUAUUACUCUCGAAGUUGAAACUUCGGAUACUAUUGAAAAUGUGAAACUCAAAGUUCAAGAUAAAGAAGGUAUUCCAGUUGAUCAACAACGUCUUAUUUUUGCUGGCAAACAACUCGAAAAUGGUCGUACACUCAGUGACUAUAAUGUACAAAAAGAAAGUACUCUUCAUUUAGUAUUACGUCUUCGAGGUGGUAUGCAAAUCUUUAUCAAAACUUUAACUGGCAAAGUUAUUACGCUUGAAGUUGAAGCAAACGAAUCUAUUGAGAAUGUGAAACUCAAAAUUCAAGAUAAAGAAGGUAUUCCAGUUGAUCAACAACGCGCUAUCUUUGCUGGCAAACAACUUGAAGACGGUCGAACACUCAGCGACUACAAUAUUCAAAAAGAAUCGACACUUCACCUUGUUCUUCGUUUACGAGGAUGUGGAAGAAGAUUAGGAUUUGCUGUUGGUGGUGCAAAAGAUGUGAAUAAUUUUCGUGAAAAUAUUCAAAAUAAUUAUUUACCAAUCAUAACAGAUUUAUCCUAUGAAGGUCUUUUUAAUGAUUAUUUUUUUGAUACUGGAAAUGAACAACAACAACAACAACAACAAGAUAAUCAAAAUCUAUUUUGUCCGUCUUAUUCAAUAGCUAUCACAAAAAAUCCUCUACAACAAUCUGAUGAAUAUUAUAUGACUGUAGGUUUGAAUUCAAAUUUAACUGAAGAUACAUUUAAACGAAAUCCAAUGAAUCUUCUCAUCUGUGUUGAUGUAAGUGGAUCGAUGUCGUCACCAUUCAAUCGUUAUCAUUAUGAUAAACAUCAUUCAAACACAACUAAUAAUGAUGAUACUGAAUUUGAUACUCGCUCAAAAAUGUUAAUUACUAUUGAAGUUAUUUCUAAAGUAUUAGAUUAUUUGAAGCCUAAUGAUCAACUCGCUAUUAUUACAUUUGAGAGUAAAACAUCGGUCAUUCAAACAAUGACAGAAGUAGCAGAGAUCGAUAUAAGAAAAUUGAAAGAUCAAUUUUUAAAAAUUCGAGCUGAUGGUGGAACAAAUAUGAGUGCAGCUCUUGAUUGUUGUGCAUCACUUUUUGAAGAUGCUUCUUUAAUAAUCAAUAAUGAAUAUGAUAAUCGAAUUUUAUUUCUAACUGAUGCACAACCCAAUGAAGGUUCUCUACAAGAAAAUACUUUUUCUUCACGUAUUGAACAAUUAUCAAAACAUCGUAUUUAUACAACAUUUUUCGGUGUUGGAAUUGAUCUUAAUACUCAAUUAAUAUCUUCCAUAACAAAACAUCGAGGUGCAAAUUAUUUUUCUGUACAUGAUUCAAAGAAAUUCCUCCAACUUUUGGAUAAAGAUUUUGAUCUUAUUUUAACAACAUUAGUAUUCAAUGUGAAAAUGAAACUUGAAUCUGAUUUAUUCGAUGUUGAACAAGUUUAUGGUUCACCUGAAUGGAAUCAAGAUAAACAUGAUGAAUUAAUUACUAUUAAUACAUUAUUUCCAUCACGAACAGAUGAUAAAGAUUGUACACGUGGUGGGAUUGUCUUAUUAAAAUUAAAACCAAAAAAAUCAUUGCUUGAUUUAUUAAAUACUAAAAUGUGCUUCUCAGUAACUUAUGAAGAUCGUCUUGGUCAUACACAUGAAAAUAAACAAUCCAUUGAUAUUCAUAUGAAUAAUAAGAUUCAUUAUGCUAAUUCUGGUAUACAAAAAGCUAUUGUUCUUGUUAAUUAUGUGACAUUAUUGAAAACAUGGAUUAAUCAUGAACGUGAACAGAAAUAUAAUAAAAGAAAAAUUUUCUUUGAUUUAAACGAACGAAAUGUUGAGAAAUUAAGUGAUUGGGAACGACAAUCGACACCAUUAAUUGUUUCAAAUCAAUUUCGAGAACAAUUCAAAACAUUUCGAAACUAUUUUCAAUCAGAAAUAACUGAACUCAAUGAUAAAGAUUUGGAACAAGAAAUGAAAAUCUUGAAUAAAUUAAUCGAUUACGAAAAUUAA